AUGGAUAACAUGUCUUAUCCUGUGAUACUGACUCUCAUGGUGCCCAGAGACUCCAAAUCAUAUAGGCACUUAUACUUCGCUUGUUUUCUUUCCCUCUAUCUGCUUAUUUUGUCAAUGAAUAUUUGUCUUGUCAUAGUAAUUAUAAAGGAGAAAUCUCUACAUGAACCAAUGUACAUGUUCUUGUCUCAUUUGUGUAUAAAUGGGGUUUAUGGAGCCUCUGGAUUCUACCCUAAAAUGAUGUCUGAUUUAAUAUUGGAUUCAUAUGUGAUCUCCUCUCAUAUGUGUGCUCUGCAGAUCUGUGUUAUUUACAGCUCUUUACUGUGUGAGUUUACAAUACUAACAGUGAUGUCUUAUGACAGAUAUGUAGCCAUAUGCAAACCUUUAGAUUAUCAUUCCAAAUUAACUAUAUUUACCUGUGUGAAAUUAAUUCUGUUUUCAUGGAUUGUUCCCAACUGUGUCUCAGUUAUAGCAGUCCUGUUAUCAAACUUGAGGCCAUUUUGUAAAAAUCACAUUGAUAAAUUAUAUUGUGACAACUGGUCAGUUGUAAAACUGUCUUGUGCAUCAUCUUUUGUGAAUAAUGUCUAUGGAUAUAUUGUCGCCGUUAUAUUGAUUAGCUGUGCAGUUAUUAUCAUAUUAUCCUAUAUUAAACUGAUCUCUGCAUGUAAAGCAUCUUUAGAAAACAGAAGGAAAUUCUGGCAAACGUGUCUGCCACACAUAUUAUCGCUGAUAAAUUUCACUUUUGCUUUCCUUUUUGAUUUCAUGUAUAACAGAUAUGGUUCAAAUGACAUUCCAGAGAGUCUGCGUAAUUUUUUGGCUUUAGAAUUAGUCAUAGUCCCACCUGUUUUUAAUCCAGUAAUCUAUGGGUUAAAUAUUAGAGCAGUGCGCAAAUUAGUUUUUAUUUCCUUUCUUGCAGCAAGAACUGUAUUUCACAUAUUUUCUCACUUGGCAAAGAACGCUGUUGAUGCUACAUAA